AUGCCAGCUGAAAAGUCGCAAGCAGGGCAGCGUUCCAAUGCAACCAGUUGGUAUCAGAGCUGCACUGGUUUGACAGCCUCCCUUGCAUGGUGCCAAGAUGAUCUGACGGUGUCAUUUGAACAGCAGAUAAUGUGGCGGCCACAAGAGGUUGACAGGCAGAACGACUGA